AUGCCAAGCAUGUCGCCGUCGCACUCUCGCCACGCGCCUGCCGCACCGCCGCUCUCCUUGUUGGCAGGAUUUGCCGUUGGCGGCCUCCUCGGCUUUGCUGCCGGCCGACACUCAGCGGCCACGUCAUCCUCGCCGGCCGGGUCGCCUGUGGCCGGCGACGCGCCUGCAGCAUCCGCGGCAGACUCGGCGGCCUCGGCUGUCUCGCCGAGCAGGCGUUCCGACCCGCUCUCGAUCCACGCCGAUCUGCACCGCAUCGCGCUGCAGACGGGGACCGACAAGGCGACGCGGCACCAAUUCACCCUCUUCUACCCCUUCUUCCUGGAGCACCUCCGGCAGUCUGCGUUCGAUAUGCUCGAGAUUGGCGUCUUUCAGGAGCAGUCCCUCCAGAUGUGGGAUCGGUACUUGCCGCGUGCGACCGUCUUUGGCGCCGACAAGAAGGCGUACACGUCGCCGCGCAUCCUGCGGCUCGACCAGGGCAGCCGAGCCGACCUCCGCCGCGUGGCGCGGCUGCGCAACUGGUCGGUCGUGCUCGACGACGGCAGCCACAAGCCGUCGCACCAGCUCCGCACGUUUCGCGAGUUCUUCCCGCGGCUGCCGCCCGGAGGGGUCUAUAUCAUCGAGGACAUCGAGACAAACUACUGGGCGCGCGCCUCCGGCAUGGGGCUCAAGCCGUACGGCUGGACCAUGUCGGACGAGACGGAGGAGACGGACAUGGUCGAGCUCUUCCGCGCCGCCGUCCACCGCGUGCUCAACCGCGAGUUCCAGUGCUGGCGCGACGCGCCCGUCUUUAGCGGGGCCCUCGACGCCAUGAUCGGCUCGGUCUACUUUGUGCGCAACGCUGUCGUCGUGACCAAGGCGCCGCGCGAGUACGUAGACACGCGCAACCGUGGGCGGGCGCACUACCGGUUCCGCUUCCUCCAAAACUGCUCUGAGGAGCGAUGGUGGCGUCGCGGGCGGAAACUCCAGGCCCGGCCGGACGGCGGCGAGCGGAGGUGUAAAACGGUCAAGAAACCCCUGCGUGACACAGCUGCGAGAAAUACGGCGAUCGGCUUUUUGGCCUUCUACUUUAUGUUCUAUAUGGGGUGCGCCCAGGCUGCAGGCAGGGGCCCAGGGGGCCUCCAGCCCUCGCUGCGUGAGAGCGUGACGGCACCACUGUGCCGGCGGGUUCGCGUCCAGCGGCGCAUCACGCGCAUGGUGCACCGAUCAGACUUGUGCGUUGUGGAAAGUGCACGGCACAGCUAA